AUGCCCAGAAUCGUCAGUCUCAGCCUCCGUGCUCUGGAGUUCAUCUUCACGGUUAUACUCCUCGGUCUCGUGGGCUCACUCGAAGCUCAGUCGAGCUGGAAUCCGGAAAGUGUGCACUUCAGCAUGUUUACUGCUGCCUUUUCCAUGUUCUUCCUUUUCUACCUAAUCCCGGCCUCGUGGAGCGAGGGCCUUGCUGGCCACCCGAUCUUCCUGGUCGUUAUCGAUGGAUUGAAUGCCAUCUUCUUCUUCUGUGCCGCUGUGACUCUGGCUGCGAGAACUCAUGGAAAUAGCUGUGGAAACCACAACUUUAUCGAUUUCAACUCCAUUGCUCAGGGAUCGUCAGGUCGAUGCCGCGAAGCCCAGGCGGCCUGCGCUUUCUUCUGGUUUGGUUGGGCUGCCUAUAUGGCCAGUCUCGUUUUCUCGAUUGUUGGCGGGAAAUCAAGCUCGAACCUCUCCGCUCGCCCAUCGGUGCGACGACCUGGAAUGUCGCAGGUCUAG